CAGCUAUUCUUGAUCCUAAAAAAACCCCAUAACUACUCUUUAAAUCCGUCGUCGUGUUACUGUGUAUAAAUGGGAACGUUGUGAUUGUUUUCUCGUCUGUGCGCGUGAAGCGGAUGGACGUAACGGUCGUUCGUGUUUUAAGUAUCCGCGCGACAGGAAUCCACCGUGAAGAAUGACAUCUCUCCACUACAACUUCAACUUGAAUUACAUAAACGGUCGUAACGGCGUACUCACCGACUCCCGAUAAGUUUCUUUUCUUUGUUUGUUUGGUUCUCUUUGGCUUUUUCCGUUUCUGACGAGAACUAAGGAGCAUGAUAAAUCCAGUCAGAUGAAGCGGAGACGCAGCGGUGUUUAUUGUUUGGUUGAAAUGGUGAAAUUUCUCUCGGACUCAGCCCAGAGAUGGAAUGUACGUCCACCUUUUUAUCGGAUUUGAGGAGCGCGCAUAGAGACUUCGAAAGGCGCUGUGAGACUCAAGUUUUGCAGGACUAUGCAGGGCUGGUGAAGUGAGAAGAAAAGGCCUUCAGCACUUGCCUGGAAUGUUUCUAUCUACCGACGCCUGUUUAUAUAUAAGAUGGCAAAACCAGAAGUUUUGAAGAAUUUUGAAGGAUCUCGGAAUGAAGCUGAAGCUAUCAGACAGAGACCGAUGAUUGAUUCAAAGCUUGCCGUGGUCCAGCGCCAUGGUAGAUAUGCCGAGUCUGUACAGUCCUUCAUCGCCACUGGGCGAUCCAAUGCUGGACAGCCCUUUAUGCGGAGAGCUCAUUGGUGACAUUCAGGAUCUAGAUGAGAUCUCUCAGUCUCUAAGUGAAGAUACCCUCAGCAUGCUGGACUUUCAAAGCUCUGACACAGCUUUAGACAACUCCACCGGCUUAGAUGUCUUAACGCCAGCCUCCAGUCCAGCCUCAGUGAUCUCAACAAACCCUAACCAGGAUGAAAACUCUGGUUCUCUUACCCUCGAGUGUCGUGUCUGUGCCGACCGUGCCUCUGGGUUCCACUAUGGAGUGCAUGCCUGCGAAGGGUGCAAGGGGUUCUUCAGGAGAACCAUUCGUCUCAAACUGGAGUACGACAAGUGUGCGCGCAAGUGCAGGAUCCAGAAGAAGAACCGGAACAAGUGCCAGUAUUGCCGCUUUCACAAGUGCCUCGCGGUGGGCAUGUCCCACAAUGCCAUCCGUUUCGGGCGAAUGCCGAUGUCCGAGAAGCAGAGGCUGAGAGCCGAGCAGGUAAUCGACAGGAAGGAGGAAAACGAGACUCGGCAGCCGGACGCCAAGAGUCUUGUCAGGCUGAUUCAUGAAGCCUACCUCAAACACUUCCACAUGAACAAAGCCAAAGCCCGCAUCUUCCUCACGGGAAAGACGAGCACUCCGCCCUUUGUCAUCCAUGACCUAGACACCCUCCGGCACGCCGAGCAGACUCUGGUCACCCAGCUGCUGGGUAACAUGGCAGCCAGCGAUGCCUCCGACAUGCAGGAGAGAGAAGUCGAGGCUCGGCUCUUUCUCUUCUGUCAGUACGCCUCGGUAGAGACGGUGACGGAGCUGACGGAGUUUGCCAAGGCCGUGCCUGGCUUUGCCGCCCUGGACCUAAACGACCAGGUCACCCUGCUGAAGUAUGGGGUGUACGAGGCACUUUUUGCCCUACUGGCAGCCUGCAUGAACAAGGAUGGGCUGCUGGUCGCUCGGGGCAGUGGCUUCAUCACUCGGGAGUUUCUGAAAAGCUUGCGCAGACCUUUCAGUGACAUGAUGGAGCCGAAAUUUCAGUUUGCCAUGAGGUUCAAUGCUCUGGAACUCAAUGACAGUGACCUGGCGCUGUUCGUGGCGGCCAUUAUAUGCUGUGGAGACCGUCCAGGGCUGAGCAGCGUGUCACAAAUCGAGAGCAUCCAAGAGAGCGUAAUUCACGCACUACAGCUCCACCUGCUGGCCAACCACCCUGACAACAAUUUACUCUUUCCCAAGCUGCUCCAGAAACUGGCCGACUUGCGUCAGCUUGUGACGGAGCAUGCGGAGCUGGUUCAGGAAAUCAAGAAGACAGAAGAUGCCUCGCUUCAUCCGCUGCUGCAGGAGAUCUACAGAGAUAUGUACUGAACUCAGGAUCUCUCCCCUCGCUAUGCUGAUGAUGACUUCAGUUCUCAGGAAGUGCUAAUACUUUGAAAGAUCAUCAGGAGAUGAGAUAAAGGAAGUCUCUGAGUAGGUGGAUUACAGACCUGCUUUCAGAUGAUGAAGGUCUGGUGAGGAAGUCCUUGGGGUGCACAGCUGCUUUGCAUCAUGCACCGCAAUUACAGGGCGAACCUCCACGGGUUCCUGCUCAUUAAUAAUGCACUGACCUUUAUAAGGACACCGCCCACAAAAGUGCACUAGAUGGCGUCCAUCCAUAAUGCUCGGGCUGCCUCCCCUCAACAUGUAGUUAUGGAGAUUUGUAACACACUGCCUCUAUCUAAUAAACACCUACAGUUAGAGUUUAUGAGUAUAUACUGUAGCAAAUCUUAUAGCAGUGACUCUAUCCUGAAAACUGUAUGGGUAAUAUUUUAAUACCAGGAAUGUAAAGAGCCAUAGAAACCAUACUGCUUGUUACCUCAUUUUAAAUGCAUGUAUAUGAAGCAUCAUUUGUACAAAUAUUUUGUAUAAAACGCAUUGUUGUACAGUGUAUAGCACUCCAACUGUAAUAUUUUAGUACUGUACUUUUGGACUUUUUCUUAUGGAUUUUAAUAAUAUGUAUUUUAGAAAUUAAGACUAUUUGGGAUGAAUGUUUGUGUUUUCCUACUGUAUAUUUUGAUCUUAAAGUUCUUAAACAUCAGAACCAUUAUAAAAACUGAUCUAGUACUUGAUUGAUUGAUAAAUUAUUGUUUAUUAAAAUGUGGUAAUGUGAAAAAGAUAUAAAUUGCCUUAGUACGUGAGCACUUUCAAUAAUCAUCAUCAAAAAAUAAUAUUGUGGUAAUUUGUUUGCUUCAUUAUUUCCUCUUUAACUGUGGGAUUGUGUAGUAACGAAUGAAUUAUGUAGUUUUUAAAUU